AUGGCAGGCCGUAGCACGCAAGCGAUGUACGAUCGCCACAUCACCAUUUUCUCGCCCGAUGGAAACCUGUACCAAGUUGAGUACGCGAUGAAGGCAGUGCGAAACUGCAACUUGACGUGCGUGGCGAUGAAGGGCGACGACAGCGCAUGCAUCGUCGUGCAGAAGAAAGUCGCGGCGCAGCAGUUGACGCAAGACAAGCACCUCGACAGCUCCUUCGUCUCCUCACUGUACACACUCUCCCCGACCAUCGGCAGUUGCCUCGUUGGAGUCUUCCCCGACUGCCGCAGCAUCGCUUUCCGCGCACGACAGGAAGCAGGAGAGUUUGCGUACAAGAACGGCUACGACAUGCCUGUCUACGCCCUCGCGAAGCGAAUCGCCGAUAUCAACCAGGUGUACACGCAGUUCGCGUACAUGCGUCUCCACGCAUGCACUGGUAUCAUGAUAUCCUAUGACGAAGAAGCUGGUCCCUCCAUCUACAAAUUCGACCCCGCAGGCUUCUUUGCCGGCUACAAGGCAAGUCGGAAUCUUUUCCUACGCGCCACACGCUACACGACCUCCGGUUCUCCUCAUUCCACAUUAGGUCUUUGCCGAUCCCAGGUCCUCGUUUCGUACGCGAAGGAGAGGAAGGCGGGGAUGACCGAGGCUUGUGCAUCGGGCACGAAAGAGCAGGAGGCGACAAACAUUCUGGAAAAGAUGGUAAAGAAGCGCCCGCGCACAACCCCGAAGGAGGUGAUUGAGUGCGCCAUAUCGGCAAUGCAGCAUGUCCUCGCCAUGGACUUCAAAGCCUCCGACAUCGAAGUCGGUGUCGUCACGAAAGACCAUCCUGCCUUCAGGAUUUUGUCGGAGCAGGAAGUCGAGGACCAUUUGACGUCGAUCGCUGAGAGGGAGUAG